UUCCUGGUUUUCUCCUCCUUAGAGGAUUCCGUCCACAUGCAACAGAGCGACUGGCUAAAGGAAUAUGUGCUGAACGAAACGGGAAGAAUUUACUAUGGGACGGAAAGUCAGAUCGGAGAAAGGACAUGGAACUAUGCGCAGUUUGACCACGGGAUCCUGGAUGCUUGUUUGUUCAUGCUGGAUAAGCGGGGGAUGCCUCACUCAAGCCGGGCAGAUCCGAUCAUGGUUUCCCGCGUCGUCUCGGCCAUGGUCAACUCUCUAGACGACAACGGUGUUCUGGUCGGAAACUGGACGGGCGACUACUCCCGCGGCACCAACCCUUCGGCCUGGGUGGGCAGCCGAGACAUUCUGCUGAAGUACCUUCGUACCGGUUACCCCGUCCUCUACGGGCAGUGCUGGGUGUUUGCGGGCGUCGUGACCUCAGUCCUGCGGUGCCUGGGCAUUGCCACCCGGACGGUCACCAAUUACAACUCGGCUCACGACACGGACGUCAGCCUCACCAUGGACAUCUACUUUGAUGAGAACAUGAAGCCCCUGGAGCACCUCAACGCCGACUCUGUGUGGAACUUCCACGUCUGGAACGACUGCUGGAUGAAGAGACCAGAUCUGCCUUCGGGAUUCGACGGGUGGCAAGUGGUGGACGCAACCCCUCAGGAAUCCAGCAGCGGGAUCUUCUGCUGUGGGCCCUGCUCCGUGGAGGCCAUCAAGAACGGCUUGGUCUACAUGAAGUACGACGCUUCCUUCUGCUUUGCCGAGGUGAACAGCGACAAGGUGUAUUGGCAACGCCAAGGGGAUGGCAGCUUCAAGAUCGUCUACGUAGAAGAAAAAGCCAUCGGACAUCUCAUCAGCACCAAAGCUGUGGGAUCCCACCAACGCCACGACAUCACCGGCCUUUACAAGCACCCCGAAGGAACGGAAGCCGAGCGCAAAGCAGUAGAAACCGCCGCCAAGCAUGGCACCAAGGCCCAUAUCUACACCAACAAGGAGUGGGGAGAAGACAUCUCGGUGACGGUCGACACCCAAGAGGCCUUCGCUGGACAGGACGUCUCCUUGAGGGUCAUCCUGAAGAACAAGAGUUCCAUGCCUCGCACCGUCUCUCUCAACCUCUUUGUGGCAGUCAUGUAUUACACAGGAGUAACCAGUAGCAAUUUUAAACAGGAGCAGCGGCAAGUCCAGAUUCCUGCAGGAGGAGCUCAACAGGUUCCAAUGGUCAUCUCCUAUCCCGAGUACAAGCCCCAUCUGGUAGACCAAGGAGCCAUGAAGCUCAGCAUCUCCGGGAAAGUCACCGAAACUGGACAGGUCAUCGCAAAGGAGCACACUUUCCGUCUUCGCACCCCGGACCUCACCCUGACGGUAUGACUCUUCACCAGCCAUGUCUGACAAAU